AUGGCAUACACACCAAGAGGAGGUGCUCGUGGCGGCGACCGUGGAGGACGUGGAGGUUUCGGCGGGGGAAGAGGUGGUGAUCGUGGUGGUCGCGGAGGCUUUGGAGGAAGAGGUGGUGGAAGAGGUGGUGGAGACCGUGGAGGACGUGGAGGCGGACGUGGUGGUGGAAGAGGAGCUCCUCGUGGAGGACGUGGUGCUCCAAGAGGUCGUGGAGGUGCUGGUGCCAGAGGAGGUGCUAAGACCAUUGUCGAGCCCCAUCGUCAUGAAGGAAUUUUCGUCGCUCGUGGCAAGGAAGAUAUGUUGGUCACCAAGAACCUUAGCCCAGGUGAAUCUGUAUACGGCGAGAAGCGCAUCAGUGUCGAGGGCGCCGGCCCAGCCAACGAAGAUGGCACUCCAAGCACCACCAAGACCGAAUACCGUGUCUGGAAUCCUUUCAGAAGUAAGAUUGCAGCAGGUGUUCUCGGUGGUAUGGAUGAGAUUUUCAUCAAGCCCGGUGCUAAGGUUCUUUACCUUGGUUCCGCUUCUGGAACUUCAGUUUCCCACGUUGCCGAUAUCGUUGGACCCACAGGAACUGUUUUCGCCGUCGAAUUCUCCCACAGAUCUGGCCGUGAUCUUAUCAACAUGGCUACCCACCGCACAAACGUCAUCCCAAUUAUUGAGGACGCUCGUCACCCACUUAAGUACAGAAUGUUGGUCUCUAUGGUCGAUGUUAUCUUCGCCGAUGUUGCACAACCUGAUCAAGCCCGUAUUGUUGGAUUGAACGCACAUUUGUUCUUGAAGGUUGGUGGUGGUAUUUUGGUUUCCAUCAAGGCAUCUUGUAUCGACUCCACAGCCGCACCAGAAGCUGUUUUCGCUAGAGAAGUCCAAAAAUUGAGAGAGGAGAGAAUUAAGCCUUUGGAGCAAUUGACUCUGGAACCUUUCGAGAGAGAUCAUUGUAUGGUUUCUGGACGUUACGUCCGAUCCUUGUAA